AUAAUUUUGUACAUCUCUAGCUUUAAUGAACGAAACAUCAUCCAGACCUUCGUAAGGAAAAUCGGGAAAAUCCAUUAGUUCUUUAGUCUAUAACUUACAAAUAUGCCAAAAACUUCAAGCAGUUUAAAAAGUUUAUUUGCUCAGUGGAUUUCGUCGUACAAUAACCAACAAACGAUUUUCACGACAAAUGGUGCAACAAUUUUUUGUCAAGUUUGUGACAGAAAUAUUCCUUGCACAAAAAAAUCACAGGUAACACAACAUGUACAUACGGCUGUCCAUAAAAAUGGUUUAAAACGUAAAUUAAAUACUUCAUCAAAACAAUUAUUUUUAUCAGAAGCUACUCUCAAUGAAAACAACUUAAAUGAUUUUAACAAACACUUGUGUCUAGCCUUAGUAGCAGCUAAUAUUCCUUGGUAUAAAAUGCAAGUUCCUCAAUUACGUACAUUUUUAGAGAAAUACACUGGCAAACAUAUACCAGAUGAAAGUGCGUUACGUAAAAAUUAUCUCGAGCCAUGCUACCAUAAUACUUUAACGAAAAUUAAAACUGAAAUUGGUGAAAAUAAUAUUUGGUUUGCUGUAGAUGAAACUACAGAUACAAACGGUCGUUACGUUGCAAAUUUACUGGUGGGAAUAUUAAAAUCAAAUACUCCGACUCGCCCAUUUCUCCUGACAUGCAAAGUUUUGGAAAAAACUAAUCAUUCCACUGUUGCUCGGUUUAUCAAUGAUGGACUAAAAUUAUUAUGGCCGUUGGGUGGAAAUGACGAAAAAGUGUUGGUAAUGUUAUCGGAUGCAGCUCCAUACAUGACAAAAACCGGUGAUACACUAAAAGUUUUCUACCCAAAUUUAAUUCACGUUACGUGUGUAGCUCACAUGAUGAACAGGGUUGCAGAGAAGGUCAGAGAAAUGUUUCCAAAUGUUAAUAAAUUAAUCAGUAAUCUAAAAAAAGUAUUUUUAAAAGCGCCAUAUCAUGUCCAGGUGUACAAAGAAAUAUUGCCCAAUGUGCCAUUACCCCCAGAACCCGUUUUAACUAGAUGGGGAACUUGGCUGGAAGCCGCAGUAUUUAAUUGCGAUAAUUUUGAGUGUUUGAAAAAGGUUAUAGACAAAUUAAGUGAAGAAAAGUCGUCAGUCAGUAUUCAAAAAUGCAAAAAUAUAUUACACCUACAGUCUGUAAAAAAUGAUUUGAUUUUUAUUAAAACUAAUUUUCUUCAAAUUGUUACAACUAUCAAAAGUUUGGAAAAAUCAAAUACUCCCUUGGUUGAUAUAAUAAAUAUUAUUGAAAACACUUUUACACAACUUGAACAGAUACCAGGAGAAAAAGGAGAAGUAGUAAAAACAAAAAUAUUGCAACUUCAACAAAAAAACAAAGGAUACAAAUUUUUAAAAAAUAUUGGACAAGUUCUUAGUGGAAAUAACACAGUACAACUUCCGGAAAAUUAUUCACCGAUUAUGGUAGCCGACUUGCAAUAUUCUCCAGUAACAUCGGUUGAUGUCGAACGAUCUUUCAGCAUCUACAAAAAUAUUCUUACAAACCGGCGUACUACAAUGACACCGGAACACAUUGAACAAUAUAUAUUAAAAACUACGGGAUAUAGCUUAACGGAAUAUAGUUCUGAAUAUGUCAAGCAUAUGUUGAGUCCCGAAAAUGUACAUUAA